GUUCUUUAUAGAUUCUACUUCUUGAAAAUUCGUGACCCAGAUCUGGUGAUAUGUUUGACUUGAUGUUCUUUGAAAAUCUUAUCCAAGAUCUUGAAAUUCAGUAAAAAAACCAUUUAUUUAGACUGUAUAGAAACUAGUGUAGCUAGCUACAGCGUCCGCUUACCCGUUUCGGUAUUUUUACAUUUUUUAUAGCUGGCUGCAGCGGGCGCUACUAGCUGACUAUACAUUGAAUUGAGGCUGGUCAAACAGCAGUCAGCCUUGAUUCAAACUUGAAACAUGAAUUUUUAGAAUUUACCGGUUUUGCGAACGGAGACGUCUUUAUGCUAAACUAGUUUUUAUCGAUUACAAAAAGAUCAAGAUUGAUUGUACUGUAACAGGCCUAAUUAACUUCAAUUCUUUCGACUUUCCACGAAGAUAAUCUGCUUUUUCUUUGUUUCAUAACAAUAGAUGGCUUAUUUUUUUGAACAUACAAAGCCUUAAUAGACCUCUUCUUUCUUUUUGCGCACGAAGAAUUUCUAACAGAUGAACUAAUGUACAAUCCAAUUUCAAAAAAAAUAUUUUCAUCAUCAUGACUAUUUACCUAAACUGUUACUGACCGUCUCAGAACUGGUUACAUCUAGAGAUGGGCCGUAAUGAAGUCGAAUAGAACGAAUACGUUUAAUGUGAAAUAUACGAAGCGGCAGAAAGAAGAACUGUCUCAUUUUCGUUCUCUUCAAUUCAUUAUUAUGUCUCAUUACAAAGAAUCGAUUAUUCGUAUAACUUAGUUCCGUUUAUUCUCAUUCGGAAAAGACAGACUAUAUUAUCACUGAUUUAUGAGUGAGUAUAGACGAAAAAUUACAGCCUAUUUUUCAUGAAGCUGAACCUUCAUAUAACUUACUAAAACCAAAAUAUCUAAUGACAAAUAUAUUACAAAAUAUGUAUAAUGAAAUACGAGAUCUUGUUAUUGAGCAAUUAAAAGAUGCGCUAGGGAGCUGUAUUAGUACGGAUGACUGGACAUCAGAUUGUAAUCAACCGUAUAUAGCAGUGACAAGUCAUUUAAUUACCUCAAAUUAUGAAUUAAAAACUUUUGUAUUGCAAACAACUCAAUUUAGUGGUAAUCAUACAGCCGAUCGCAUAACACAAGCUCUUCAAGAUAUAUGUAUUGAAUGGGGUAUAUUAGAUAAAAUCGUAUGUUUAGUAUCGGAUAAUUGUAGUACUAUGAAAAAAGUUGGAAGAGAUUUUAAGAAAGAUUGGUUUGGUUGCGCGGAUCAUAUUAUUAAUGUGUGUGUGGUUGAUGCAUAUGAAUUAGAUGAUGUAAAAGAAGCAUUAGCAACUGUUAGAAAAUUAGUUUUAUUAAGUACGUUAAAACCAUUUGGAACAGCCACACGCCAAUUAGCACUAGCAUCUUUACCAACAAUUUCUAAAGUAUUACCAGUUGUUACUGGUUUAUAA